CCAAAUGUUAAGCAUCAGAGACUACCCACCCAAACCCAAUAUACAUUUUUUUCCAUUGGGUGGGGUGUAGUGUGAAUGAAGACACUGUCCAUCAGACACACUCAGUCUUCCUGCCAUGGAGCAUCUUUUUUACAUCACAGGUCGCUUCACAUGGAGCGACUUCUACCCAUCAAACAGUGGGAAGCGAGGAAAAGCCCUAAUCACAAACACACUCACUCAGCUUUCUCUAUUUGAUGGUGAAAAAAGCCUAAUAUCCAACAUCUGCCUCUCCAUUCUCAAUCGUUCACCUCAGUCUGGUAACAGAAUAGGUUGUUUUAGCUGGAAGGAACUGAGGAAUCAGAAAGCUAUUUGGGGGAGCAGAGGAAACAAAGGAGAGCCCUGUCCUGAUAUAGGUACUAAGCUAAAUUUUGGUUGCUAAGUUUGUAAGAUGCAUUUUUUUGUACUUUUGAUUGUUAUUUUUUGGGUGCUAAUUUAAUUUGAGUUAGUUGUUCAACUAAAUUGAGCUGCCAGUUGCAAAUUGGAAAUACUUUUUGUUUUGCACAUUAAUUUAUUAUCAUACUGUAUUAUUACUGAAUAUUUAUGGCCUAUAGGCUAUAGCAUUGUAUAAGAGGAGUAUGAGCUAUAUGAUACAAUUCUUGUACAUGUUUAUUUCCCCCUUCCCCAUUCAUUUUUUUAACUUGUUCUUUCUCUGGUUGCACUGCAACUUCUCUUUCUCUUUCUAUCUCAGUAUAGAAUGAGGACUGGUUCUGUUGCUUUCUUUUCGUUUCAUGUUUUUUAAUAGGAGUUUAAAUAAAUAAUAACAAUGAGGAGUGUGAAAAUAAUUAAGAUUUUAAACUUUAAAGUGUUAAUACAAGGUGCUUCUUGUGCUUAUAAAAACAAUGUCUCUUGACUUAACUCACUCACUUGUAGGCAUGUUUUAUUUUUGAAUUUAAAUGUAUCAAUUAUUACUGUGUUGUUUGUUCUAUUUUAUGAAGGUAUUGCAUAAAAUGGCUGAGGAAUCUGUUAUUCAUCCUGGACCGGUGAAUUCUUCAUUGCUGCAUAAGCAAAACUUACAUGUUUCGGAACACGUUUGGAAUGGCACAAAUAGAAUGCUAAGGGCGAGACGAGCUCGUGAUUCGCGGGUGGAUAAAUUGAUAAGUAGUGUGCCUGACGAAAUUGUACCACACCUCAAAGAAGCUGGACUUUAUGAGGUAGCUUGCGUUAAGGAUGUUAGCCCCCAUCAUGAGUUAUUAACUGCUCUUGUGGAGCGUUGGAGGCCUGAGACCCACACUUUCCACAUGCCGGUGGGUGAGUGCACAAUCACCUUACAAGAUGUUGCACUGCAUCUUGGUUUGAGGGUCGACGGUCAAGCUGUCACCGGGGUGACGAUGUCUGAUGAUUGGAAGCCUAUUGUGACGGAGUUACUGGGAAAGACUCCGGAGGAUUCUGAUAUGAGAGGAGGUCGACUGAAGAUGUCCUGGCUGAAUGAACAAUUUGCUAAUGUGGAGGAUCAUGUUAAUGACCAAUUGUCUUUGGCACGCUAUGCUCGUGCGUACAUGCUACGGUUGUUCGGAGGUGUCAUGUUCCCUGACAGCUCAGGUUCUCAUGUGCCGUUGAGAUUUUUGCCAUUGUUACGGAACUUUCGAGAAACUCGAACUUACAGUUGGGGGUCAGCAGUGCUUGCCCAAUUGUACCAAUCUUUGUGCAAGGCAACAGAUGUCAACCGCAGGGAACUUACUGGCUGUAACUUGCUGAUCCAAUUGUGGGCUUGGGAUCGAAUUCGUGGAAUUGGUCCGCAGGAGGUUCCUGAUUUUGUUCCGGGUCGUCCUCUUGGAGCAAGGUGGAAGAAAGAGACCAAGUGGGAUAAGUAUCCACUUGCAUGGUACCGCCAAAAACUAGAUACUAUUGGCAUUGAGGAUUUCGUGUGGGAUCCCUACCCAGAGCAUGUUCUCGGUGUCCUCUCCCACCAAUGUCUGCAGGACCGAGCAUUGUGGAGAGCGGUGGUGCCAAUGAUCUGCUUCCAGAUCAAUGAGUAUCAUCAACCAGAUCGAGUCUUGAGGCAAUUUGGGCAGGAGCAGCAUGUACCUGAUCCACCUCUACAAGAUGAUCGUCUACACGAUAUUUCGUUGAGGGGAAAGGUUGACAAGGAUUGGGGACACCAGAUGCGCAAAUAUAUAGGUUUAUGGAAUGACAGACACGCACAUGUGUACCCGAAUCAACCUGUGUUUCAAAGGCAAUCUGGGCCUAACGAUCAGUAUAUGAUGUGGUACCACCAGCACACACGUCGUUGGAUGACGCAUCAAGUUGCAGCGAAUGAGAUAAUGGCUGAAAAACUCCAUCAUGUAUGGUACAUGCUAUCUCGUGAAGGGCGUCACAAAUACUCACUUGACCUCGUGCAACAGGAGAUCAGCCGCUGCCUUGCCAUCACCGGGGAGGUUGACCGGAUUCUAGUACCCUCACAUGAUGCUCCACCUCCGGCUAUGGAGUUGCCAGAGGCAACAAAUGAUGAUUUGCCAGAGGUUGGUAGAAAAGAAGGACAGGGUAUUCAGCGUCAUCGGGAUACCUUCACUGCUGAAGUCCAUACUAUUCCGCCAGUUGGAGUGCCGCCACUGGGUCAGUACUAUGUGCCUCCCGAACACCCUGGUGCUGAAUAUAUGUCGUAUCGCAUUUCCCGUAAAAGAAGGUUACGUCACCUUAUAUGAUUGACUUGCAAUAAUUAAAAGUGUCACAACAUUGUUUGAACGUCCAAUACACCUAACGGAAUGUUCAAAACUGAUGAUUAACAAUCUCAUUAACUCUGUAGCCUUUUGUGGCCACUAUGUAAAAGGAUCCUGGUGAAUGCGGCAACAUGUACUCCAACCAUCUUGAGAGUUCUUCAUGUCUAACAAGAUAACUCUAGAAGUCUCCUAAAAUGAGACACCUCAUGUUGCACAGAAUCUCCUCACAUGAGGUGACUUCUUUGCAUUUUGUCGUGUCUAAUAGACAACUCUAAAAGUCUCAUAAAGUGAGGUGCCUCAUGUUGCACAUAAGUCUCCUUACAUGAGGUGUCUUUUUUGCAUUUUAUGGUGUGAGGGCCAUUCAUAUUUGAGGGGAAACACUUUCUAUGAGAAUGUGAAAUGUCUCAUGGAUUUCUUUUUCUUUAUUGACUAUUGUAAACAGAAUGAUUUCAACCUUUUUCUGAUUCUUUUAAUUUAAAAAAAAAAAGUUGUUGCGAA